AUGGUAUUAGGAAAAGUCGCUGCUUUACAAGUUGGAUCUGAAGCCACAACUAAGAAAACUUUAGAAAAAAUUCUUUCAUAUGAAGAAGAAUUAAUUGAAUUGAAACCAGACUUAGUUGUUAUACCUGAAGCUACAUUAGGUGGAUAUCCAAAAGGUUCAACAUUUGGUUCAUAUUUAGGUUAUAGAUUACCAGAAGGUCGUGAACAAUUUUUUGAAUAUUUUAAACAAUCAAUUAAAGUUCCACAAAGUGAAGAAAUUAGUAUUUUAGAAUCGUUCUCCAAGAAAAUUGGUUCUACAAUUGCAAUUGGUGUUAUUGAAAAUGGUGGUACUACAUUAUAUUGUACUUUAGUUUAUAUUGAUCCUAAAUUAGGUUAUGUUGGUAAACAUAGAAAAUUAGUUCCAACAGCUACAGAAAGAUUAGUUUGGGGUGCAGGUGAUGGUUCUACAUUACCAGUUAUUGAUUCUAAAAUUGGUAAAAUUGGUGGUGGUAUUUGUUGGGAAAAUUAUGUCCCAUUAUUUAGAUCUGCUUAUUAUGCAAAAGGUUUAGAUAUUUGGGUUGCACCAACUGUUGAUACAAGAGAAAUUUGGAGAGUUUCGAUGAGAACAAUUGCAUAUGAAGCAAGAACUUUCCUUGUAAGUGCUGUACAAUUCCAACCACCAGCACCAGAGGAUAAGACUCCAGAAGGUUGGGUUAAAGGUGAAAAUUUAAUUAAUGGUGGCAGUGUUAUUGUUAAUCCAUAUGGUGAAGUUAUUGCAGGUCCAUUAUUAGGUAAAGAAGGUAUAAUUUCUGCUGAAAUUGAUUUAGAUGAUGUUGUUAAAGCUAGAUUUGAUUUUGAUCCAGCUGGACAUUAUGCCAGAGGUGAUGUUUUCAAAUUAACAGUUAAUGAAGGUUCAAGAGAUGUUGAAUUUAAAUGA